AUGAUCAAAGAGUGUACGGACAUUGAAUCAUUUGUAAAUAUAGAAAGAUCUUGCACAUAUAACCUUACAAGGGAAGCUUCAAAAGACUUCAAAACAAAAUAUCAAAAUCACCAUUUGGCAAAACUUGAAGAUAGGGACAUGGGUUUUUCAAAGAAGACACAGGUGGAUUCAGGUUUGGACUCUGAAGGGAAGAAAUGGGUGAUAGCUGGAAUUGCAAUAAGGACUUCACUGAAGCCUGUAAACACGAAACCAAGACCCGUCAAAGAUUGCGAUGAUGACGAAGAGGAGGAGUUUUCUACUACGCCGACAGCGAAAGAGGCGAGGAUACCAGAGAGAUUGUCAUGCCCACCAGCUCCAAGGAAGCGGCGGCCUUCUUCAAGGUGUAACUGCAGCGGUGUUAGGGAGUUCUUUACUCCUCCUGAUUUGGAAACAGCAUGUAAAUCAUUUGCAGGACAGCCAAUUUUUAAAGGAGUGGACAAGGUAGUGCGGCAUGAUCAUCAAGGGAUUUGUUUAAAAGGUGACAAGGGGGUUUACCUAAUUCAAGGUUCUCUUUGUAUAUUAAAACAAGCCACCAAAGUUCCUAGGGAUUAUGAUACUUUAAGAAAGCAUACAGUAAAGCUUACCACCAACCAUCCAUCACCACCACAGCUUGCUCCACCAUCCAGCAACGAUCAUUUUUCACUCCUCAUCCAAACCUUUGUCCCAACCACUCCUUUGUCUAAUCCACAAUCCUCCAGCCUGUCGAAACCUAACAACUCAGCUCUAGCAACCAUUAACUACAACGUCCAUCUCCCUUUAGCCACGUCAUAG